AUGGAAACUAACAACCAGUCAAAGUAUCCCCAACCGGGAAAAAUAAUUUUGACUUGCCUUGGUUCUACUAUUUCCUUGACGAUAAUAAACAACAUGGCGGAUAAUCCUGGGAUAAACUUGCCAACUGGGGGCAAUAUGAGUUCAAAUACGGACGUUGCUUUCCCUGAUAUGAGUUUAGCCGAGGAUAUUGUGAACAGAGCUCGAGAGGAAGUCGAAAAAACAAUGGAGAAGGCAAUGGCGAGCCAACAAGGAGGACAAGAAUUCGAAGAAGUUAUUGAAUACAUAGAACCUAUUCAGGAUCCGUAUGGAAAAGCUAUCAAAUAUCUGGAGCAGCACGAUAUUCUACAACUUUUCCAGGCAUUAACUGCAAAUAUAGUAUACUUUAAACCAGAAGAUCCUAUUGGCUACAUGAUGAAAGAAAUUGAGGUGAUCAAGAAGGAAAAGGCCGCCACAAAAUCUGCCGAAAAGAAAUGAUGGCUAGAUCGUGAAUUCCUGUGACAAUUUCAUCAACACUUUAAGUGUUUUGUCAAAUUUGUUCUUAGGGAAAGAGAAAAAACAAUCAAAAUUCCUCAUCAUCUACAGAUAUUUUGUGUUGUGUAACCCUGUAAUUUGUGCAAUUCGAUGGAGCUGUUGUGUAUUGAUUAGUAAUAUACCUGCAUUUACCCGUUGCAAAUAAUUACAUAAACUUCUUGCCACUUUGACACAUGUAAAUAUUUUAAGUUAAGAAUAUAACUAUUUAAUUAUUAAAAAUCUACUCAAAUACAUGUAUAAGAAAUUACACUUUCCGUAGAACGUUUUUUAGAGAAAACAAAUAACAUUUGUAAUCAUAUGGUUUUAGGAAAUAUCGAGAUUAUAAUUUUCAUAUUGUAAAUGGCGUUGUGCUAUUGAAAGUAUUAUUACCUUAUAAAGGAUUAUUUACAAGGAUAUAUGUAUUAUUUAAAAAAUUGUGUGUUUUGUUGUGGGACCCAGUGCCAAAGUUUUUUUGUUGGGUUUUUUUUUUUGGUAGACAUAGAAAUAACCUUUGAAUAUCUGUGAUACAGCAUCUCCUUAGAAAUACAUUUAGUUAAAAUCUUAGCAUCACAUUUACAUGUAGUUAAAAUUCAAUUUGUAGAGAUAAUUAGUAAUUGAAAUCAAUAGUGGGUUUCCGACGAUGCUGUUAUAGAUUAUCUCGAAAUAAAAUGAUAAUAAAGCAAGUUGUUCUUA